AUGCAGAAAACUGAAUUAGCCGAUCACCACCAACUUGGUGACGGAGUAAUGAAUGUCUGGCGUCCAUUGGCCGCCGAGGAGGAGCAUUUCAUCAUUCUCUCUGCACUCAAGAUGGUAAUCUCCGGCCACAUAACCACCAAUCACCACCCUUCAUCAUCAUCGUCUUUAGCUACCACAACCGAGACUGAUCACAACAGCCACCAUGAAAUUCCAAUGAUGUCACUCUGUUUACAUCCGAUGGAAGUAUGUCAGGUUUGUAGAAUCAACGGUUGUCUUGGGUGUAAUUACUUCAGACAAAAUGCACCUUGCGACGGCGGAGCACUGAUGAUGAAUAAUGGUGGUGGUGGAAGAGUAGAGACGAAGCGGAAGAGGAAGAGACAGUACAGGGGAGUAAGACAGAGACAAUGGGGGACAUGGGCGGCGGAAAUCCGGGAUCCAUUUAAGAAAGUGAGAGUGUGGUUGGGCACCUUUGGAUCGGCGGAGCAAGCCGCCAGAGCUUACGACAGAGCCGCCGUACACUUCCGUGGAGAUAAAGCGAAGACUAACUUUCCGGCGAGUGAUUACAAAGAACAGAGACCUGUAAAAGUUGAAGAAGGACAUGAAAAGUGCAAUACAAGCUCAAUGUCUCCAAAGAAUACUGAUCAAUGA